AUGUCCGACACCUAUGUCGCCGACUUGACAUCUGUUUGCCUGCCAAUGGCAGAGUUUAUUUACACUGCUGCAAUGCGAUCCAUACUGCUUUAUGAAUCAGAGACAGGACGAAGAAGGUUGUCAGUGUUUGACCGUCGGUGUCGCCGAAGCAUUGGUCGGGUUUGGUGGGGACAUCGAAUCAGUGAUGCUGAGGUACGCCAGGCUGAUCUAGGAUGA